AUGGAGGCAUCAGCCAGCGCAUUCUCUGCCAGAAUCGGGGUUGACACAGUGCAGCUUCAAGCUUUGCAGGAUGUGCUGCCCAACCAUGCGGGGGGUCUCUUUGACGAAGCAGUCCCUACGCAGACUUCACAAGUGAGCGCCCACUGCCGAGUCUCGGUACACGAGGGCUCGCUGCUGCUUGAAGCGACGCUUGCAAGCAAGGUCUUCUCCUUCCUCUGUUUGGGCGGCUCCUGGAUGCUCUGGGCCAAUGCGUUAGACGGGGUGGCUUUGACCGACUGCAACCAGGUUCGGCCAUAUUUCGGGAUGAUUGGCUGA